AUGAUUGACAAGUUUCUCCGUGAGGUUGGUGUUGAGCUACCUGAAGAUCAACCUGCACAAGGACCGAGCCAAAAUAAGAGACCAAAGAAAUCGCGCUGUCAUUUGUGCCCACGACUCAAAGACAAAUCAGAGUGCAAGAAAACAUGGGCAAACUUAAGAGAAAGCAAAAGAAGGGCAGUUGUUAAGAAACGCACAAAAAAUGGUCAGGCUGCUACCUCAUCAAAAAAUGGCAAUUUGAAGAAGAGAUGUCUUUUGUUGCCGCAUAUGAAACAAAUAAAAACAAUUUCAUCAUUAACGGAAGAUGAUAGUGAGGUUGACGAUAAUUUUUAUGUUGACGAAUUGUUGUCAAAUCACGAUGAUUCUCCCAUGACAUCGAAUGACCCAGAACUUAAUAUCACCAACCGACCAGAAUCUUCUUCAACGAAUACGUCAGCAAACUCUCCUUUGUUUCCGAACAUAUCUAAAAGAAAGCGAUUCAAAGAGACCCGAGAAUGUACCUCAGCAUCAGCUCAACUUUUACAAUAUUUACUUAAAGAAAAAGAGACAAAUAAGGAUGACGAGAUUGACAAGUUUUUUUCGAGCAUUGCAACAACAGUAAAAAAAUUAAAUCGUUACAGCCAAUCUGUUCUGAAAUCUAGAAUAUUCAACAUGGUGUCUGAAUUCGAAUUACAAGAAAUCCAGGAACAAACUCAUUUCUAUGCUGGUUCUUCACGACACAAUACUGAUAUCGAAAUUCCUUCGGGUUAUAACACCUACAAUACAGGACCUUCGGGUUGUAACACCUACAAUAUAGGAUCUUUGGAUUAUAACAUCCAUAAUGCAGGCCCUUCCGGCUAUAAUUCCCGCAAUGAACAGCUUUCAGGCAAUAAUCCUCCAGUCUUAGAAGAACCGAUAUUUAACAGUGAAUUGGCUAAUGCUACACAGAAAAAUGAUUCCUUAGAUUAA